AGCCUCGCAAAAGAGAAAAGAAGGUGAGCUUGAGGGUUUUGUCCGAAAAUGGAGGAGGCGAACGCCAUGGCUCAGCACCAGAUGAUGCUGCAGCACCAGCAGCAGCAGCAGCUGAUGCUCCUUCACCAGCAGUAUCAGCAGCAACAACAACAACAGCAGCAGCAUCAUCAGCAGCAGCAGCAACAACAACAGCAUCAUCAUCUGCAGCAGCAGCAGUCGGUCAUCUCCAGGUUCCCGUCGAACAUCGACGCCCAUCUCCGGACCCCUGGCCUUCUUCGAUCGCACCUCCAAGUCCAGCAACAGCAACAGCAACAGCAGCAACAACAGCACCACCCCCAACACCAACAACAGCAGCAGCAGCACCAGCAGCACCAGCAGCACCAGCAGCAUCACCAACAGCACCAGCAGCAGCAGCACCACCCCCACCAACAACAAUCUCCCCAACAGCAGCAGAAACCAAGCGCGGCCGUGCGUCAAGGUUCCCAGGCAGAGAUGGAGAUGGCGCAGCAGGAUGCCUGGCGCGUCUGCCACCCGGACGUCAAGCGGCCUUUCUCCAACCUCGAAGACGCCUGUGAGAGGCUAUUGCCCUAUCAUGUUGUAGCAGAUUAUGAGGCUGAGGAGGAUGACAAACUACUAGAUGCUGAUCCUACAGGUCAAAUGAUGAGCCGUUUGCAGCAGUGGGACCACAAUAUUGCUGUCAAAAUUGCUGAGUUUACUGCUACUUUUGAGAAACAAGUUCUUGCGUUCAACAUCUUGACAAGGAAGAGAGCACAAGGUGAAAUCCGGUUAGAGGAGAGGCUUAUGAUUGAGCAGGCUCUGCUGCAAGAUGAGAAGCAGGCGUACAUGGAAGUGAGAGCAGAGAUUGAGUCAAGAGAGAAGGCCGGUAGAGAAGCUGCAGAAGCAAAGUUACGUAUGGCAAUGGCACAAGCUGAGCAAGCACGUGCAGAGGCUCAAGCACGUGCUGAGAUGAUGGCACGUGGUGGAGCUACAAGCAGCGACCCUGUAAGGCUUGGUAGUAGUUCUCAAGGCAAUGCUGAAGAGAACACUAAUGAAAUGCCAGGACAAGAACCGGGAGUGAACAUGGAAGAAAUUCUUCAUGGGUGGGGGAAUGUACAGAGAGAAGAAGAAGAACCACCUGAAGAUUUUCUCAACGAUGAUCAUGAACAGAACAGUGAAAAUGGUUUGCAGGAGGAUUGGCGUGAAGUUGGUGAGCUUGAUCUGAACACAAGAAAGUAAAAAAGAAAUUGGACAAAGCAAUGGACAUGCCCAAAUGGAGGUGCAUCCUUGUUAUGUUGAUCUUCAGAAAGAGGGACUGGUGGCUGUUUAAUUGCCACUGCAGAGGUCAUCUAGAAGGGCAUCGGGUGCACCAACUUUUGACAGAUGGAUGAAGAAUAACAAUUAACUUAGACAAGAUUUUGAUGGAUCCCUCAUAUACAUGGCAUUCAGGCAUUUACCCAUUGUUCUUUUCAUGUAAGUGCACUUCUUAGAGAAUGAUGCCUGAUGCCUUGUCCCAUGGGACUCCUAUAAUGGGAAUCUUUCCUGGAUGAUAUCCUGUCAGAUUUAGUAUCUUAAAAGCUAGCAUCUUGUUGUAUUGUAAUUCUAACUGAUUUCAGGUGAUACAUAUAAUGUGGCUAAUCAUAAAGCUGGCAAGGCUGAUUUUAGCUAAAAAGAUUAUCUGUUCCUUUUCUUAUUUGUUGUUGUCUUGAUGCUUCCUAAAGAAUUAGUCUCAUGCUUCUUGUUCUUUUGUUCUGCCUUGAAAUUAAAAGAACUAAAUCUGUACGUUUAUAUCUCCCUUUGAAAGUUAUCCUGAACUUCAAUAUCGCUUUA